GAACAACAUAACCAUGCUAAUCUGUUAAUUUUUUUUCUUCUUGUUUAGUUCAAGCAAGUGUGUAAAAGCUCUAGUAAAAGCUCUUUGCAGCUUCUCAAUUCUCCAGCACUCGUAAACCAGCUCAAUUGCACAGCACUGAGCAAGGACAUAUACACACACACCCAUGAACACACGACCGCACAUGCUCGUUCUCCCUGAGUUGCACGAAAACACACACACACACACACACACAUCGCCUCACACGCGUACGGUGCUGCCUGCGAGAACCAGCUGGAGAAAGCCCAUCUCACGCGCAGAGAGAGAGAGGGAAAGGAACAGAGGACAAGAGUGAGAGAGCGAGACAAAGGAAGGUAGGGACGGAAGGAGAAAAGGAGUGAAAAAAGUGCAGCUGGCUCCAGGAGAGGCUAACGACACGGAGUGAAGACAAGAGAGAGGAGGAGGACCAGGAGGGUGGAUCAGGAAGCAGGCUCGUGGCUCUCUUUUGAAGGCAGCGGAGCGUGGUGAAGGCAUUAUGGGAAAUGCACCAUCACAAGCCAUCACUGCUGGAAAGAGAGAUAGAGAGAGAGAGCACACGGCAACGCGACCAGAAUACAAAGCAGGCCGAGAUGAUGUGGAAGACCCGGAGCGUGGCGGAGGUCACAUGAUGUCCACCGAUGACCUGGAGUACCCGCGUGAAUAUCGGACACUGGGAAACAGCACACGACGCUUCUCCAAUGUGGGGCUGGUCCACACCUCUGAACACCGGCACACGGUCAUUGCCGCCCAGAGCCUGGAGGCCCUCACCAACCUGCACAAGGCCGACAUGGAACGCAAGCGGGACACAUUCAUGGACCACCUGAAGAACAGGUACCCUCCUCAGCACUCCCUACCACCCUCUCCAUCCCCCUCACACGGCAGCAUGAGGGGCACUGCAGAGAGAAGCGCACGUGAACAGCAGCAGCCAAACUACUGGAGCUUUAAGAGCCGUAGUCCACGUCACUCCCAGUCAACUCAGUCAGGUUUGGCAGACCAGGCGUCUAAACUGUCCUUCGCAUCUGCUGAGUCUCUGGAGACCAUGUCUGAGGCUGACAUACCGUUGGGCUUCAACCGCAUGAACCGUUUCCGUCAGAGCCUCCCACUCUCCCGCUCUGCAAGCCAGAAUAAACUACGUUCUCCAGGUGUCCUUUUCCUUCAGUUUGGAGAUGAGACCAGACGUGUUCAUAUCACUCACGAGCUCAACAGUUUGGAGACCUUGCACGCACUCAUCGUGCACAUGUUCCCUCAAAAGCUGACAGCGGGAAUGCUGAAGUCCCCGAACACAGCCAUCUUGAUCAAAGACGAAGCGAGGAACGUUUUCUACGAGCUGGAGGACGUGAGGGACAUACAGGACCGCAGUAUUAUUAAAAUCUAUCGAAAAGAGCCCAUCUAUGCCUCCUAUCCUGCGGCACAUCUGGCCAACGGAGACCUCAGGAGAGAGAUGGUUUAUUCAUCCCGGGACUCCUCACCUACCCGUCGCCUCAACACUCUCCCUUCUUCCUCUGCCUCGCCCUCCUCCGGUUCUCCUUCUCGAUCCCGUCUCUCCUACAGUGGAGGUCGGCCCCCUUCUUUUGCUGGUCCGGGUCACCCUCACUCACAAGGGCUCCCGCAUCAGUCCCACUCCCACCACCCUUCACCCUCUCAUGGACAGACUCAAGGCCUAAACCCCUCCUCCUCAGCCAUCCUGGAGCGGCGUGAUGUCAAACCUGACGAGGAGAUGUCUGGUAAAAGCAUGGUCCUCCUGAAGAAUGAUGGUCUUUAUGCUGAUCCGUACAGCUUGAUGCACGAGGGUCGGCUUAGUAUCGCUUCUACUCAGUCCCUGGCCACCAUCGCCGACCCCUUUGGCUUCCCAGUGUCAGGAGGUCUGUACCGCAGAGGUUCGAUGCGGUCUCUCAGUACAUACUCCGCUGCAGCACUGCAAAGCGACCUGGAGGACAGUCUGUAUAAGCCUGUAGGUUCUCUAUACUCCGAUACCUACAGCAGCUCCACGCUUGGCAUGGGCUUUCGUCUGCCGCCCUCUUCCCCGCAGAAGAUUCCCGACGUGCAGCUGCGGGACAGGGAAUCGUUCACAGGGUCUCCCAGCCGAGGGUCACCUGUGAGAACCACCUUCCGCAAAGACUCCGCUUCCUCUUCUGUGUUUGUGGAGAGUCCCAAGUCCAGACCCAGCUCCAGUUCUGAACCCCUAGGAGAUGGGAGUAAGGAACCUGGAUUUGGGUCAUCAUUGUCUGGGCCCGAGACGGACACACGCAGGGAUCGUAUGGAGGCAAUGGAGAAGCAGAUAGCCAGUCUGACUGGGCUGGUUCAGAGUGUCCUAACCCGAGCACCGGACAGCGACAGCACAUGUGGCCUUCUGCGUCUCUGCAUGAUGGCGGGCUGCCCUCCGGACCAUGGUGCGGACUUUUCACGGCCCUUCCCUUUCUCUUCCAGCGAGAAGACCGAAUCCACCAGCGACGGCUCAGCCACAGGAACUGGCCGGCUGAAGAAGAAAGCGCUGACUCCAUCUGCACCGCUGGCACUGAUGCCUCCGCCUUCAUCUGGAGGCUCUCAGGCCUCCACCGUCUCCAGGCUACAGAUGCAGCUUCACCUGCAUGACCUACAACAGAACGCCACCGAUCUGCGCAAACAGCUCGCACAGCUCCGUAAAAUGCAGUUGCAGAACCAGGACUCCAUAUGCAGUCUGCUGAAGAGGACCGAGACAGAGCUGAGUCUCCGUCUAUCAGAUGCGCUGAGGAAACAGGAAGACCCUCUCCAGAGACAGCGCCUCCUAGUGGAAGAGGAGAGACUCAAGUACCUGAAUGAGGAGGAACUCAUCAUACAGCAGCUGCAUGAUCUGGAAAAGUCAGUGGACGAAAUCCAGAAGGAGUUGUCAGUCAAUCACCGACAUGUGACAGUGCAGGAGCUGGAGGAGAAAAGCUCGCUGCUGAGGAAACUGGGAGAGACUCUCACAGAGCUGAAGAGUGAGACAGACUCAGACUCUCUUCUGUCCUUCACAGCCUGGCACUUGAACCUUAGUUACAGAAGAGAGAUGUUCACUUCUCUGCCUGUCUGUUUUUGUCUUUGUCUCUCUCGUUCAGAUCAGUUUCCAGGCCUCCAGAGUAAAAUGCGUGUGGUGUUACGAGUGGAAGUGGAAGCUGUGAAAUUCCUGAAAGAGGAGCCACACAGACUGGACGCCCUGCUUAAACGCUGCAAAUCUAUCACAGACACUCUCUCCACGCUGAGGAGGCAGGUGAAUGAAGGAGUGUGGAAAACCCAGGAUGAGUAUUCCAGCCCCUCUCCUAAACUCGGAGGAGGGGAUGAGUACAGGAAGAACCCAGGCUUUGACAUUCCAACCAGCCCACCGCUAAACCUCAAUGAGACCAGCCUGGCUAACUGGAGCCCUCACUCUGCUCAAGGCCAUGGUCACUCGAACCCUUCUAGUGCACAGCGUGAGAGAGAUUCUCAUGGGAUGGUAGGCUCGUUGAAGGGACGGGAGCUGGGCGAACUGGGAGGUCGAGGCGGGUCUGAUAAGGCCUCAUCUGUGGAAGUGAGACUGGCAGCAGAGCGGGAUUGGGAAGAAAAGAGGGCCAGUCUAACACAGUACAGUGCUCAGGACAUUAAUCGACUGUUGGAGGAGACUCAGGCGGAGCUCAUGAAGGCAAUUCCUGACUUAGACUUUGCUGCCAAGCAGAUCAGACCUACUCAGAACCAGAUUCAAAACCAAAACCAGAGCCAGAGUCCAUCUAACACCAAUGCCACACCUGAACACAAGCCAAAUAAACCUCAGAAUAAACUUUCCAGUAAAGAUAGUGGAUCCAGACGAGGCUCGGAUGAGCUGACGGUGGCAAGGUAUCGAACGGAGAAGCCCUCAAAAUCCCCCCCUCCUCCACCUCCACGCCGGAGUUUCCCCUCCUCCCCUGGCCUGACUACACGCAGCGGAGAGAUGAUCAUUCCUGGAAAGAGUAUAAAGAAGUCAGAAUCAGAGGAGACUGAGUCUCAGAAGCCACACGUUAAGCUGAGGAGGAGUGUAUCUGAAGCCCCCCGACCGGCCUCCACACCUCCAACCAUUGCUGGUGGAGAGCGAGAGGAGGGCGCAGAGGACAAGUUAGCAGCUGAGCUGGAGAUGAUCACAUCUAAGCAUAGUGAUGAUCACUCCAGUGAUUUUACAGAAAAACCUCUGAUGCAGCAAGGGAUGUCCUCCACUCCAGUUCCCCAGAUAGUCUUAACUGAGUGUAACUCUCUCCCCACGUCCCCUUCUGAGGACUCACCAGAGACCCGGCCGUCUGGCAGCAUGCAGACAGUUAAAGACAAUAACACUGGAAAUGACAUCAGAGUAAGUUACUUCAGCCACAUUGUGAGGAUUCCCCGUCUGUCGCUAUGGAAACAAGACUUGUCAACCAGCCAAAAAGUCCCUCGGAUACAAGAUUUGGAUGCGGCCCAGAGGGAGCUCCAGAGUCCUGUCCAGGAUGUGACCCAGUCGUUCCCGCCCUUAACAAGCGAGAGAGCAAUUAAACAGCCCCUGAGGAGGGAGCCAAGGGUUCAGGAGUCUCUCGAAACGAAAGAAGAGCGAAUGAGAAAGUCGGACACUACGUUCUCUGUCCCGCUGCAAAAUGGGCCUGUAGAGACAUCUCAAGUGGGUUUGAUCCGCACUCAAGGCACUGGAGGGGUAAAGGAAGACAUCUGCCACAGCACAUACCGUCGUCUGGACAGUUUGGAGGAAACCAUCCGUGAGCUGGAGCUCAGCCUGAUGGAGUUCAGCACUGAUCCUCAUAUGGGGAACAUCUUCCCAGCAUCCGUCCAGGCGCAUAGUUCCUCCAUCAAGAGAUCUGGCAGCACUCGACAUACAGCACAAACCCCUGCAGACGGAGGAGACACAAACAAACCUGUUGUCCCACCAAAACCAUCCUGCAUCAGCACAUCCACAGAAAAGACUGGUGGUGGAAAAGUGUUGUCUCGUCUAAAGCACCUGCAGCAAAGUGGAUCAGAAAAGAGCAAAACAAGCAAACAGAGAGAGGACUUCCUAAAGAACCAGGGUCAACAGCAGGCUCUAAGUCUGAACAUCAGCAGAGCCAGAACAACCGAGUCGCUCCUCGCAAGCACCAGAGCCGCUAGCUUCUCUGGCAACCUGCCCUCCAGAUUGCGAAAGUACCCCCAGGAGGGGGCGCUGUCCUCCUUAACAGCCUCCUCCAACCAGGCCAAAGCGCUUCUUGCUAGCCUCUCCUCAUCCAGUUUCUCAGCGGAGGCCCUCCUGCUCUCGUCCACUUUAAGACAGCAUCGGUUACUCAGAGAGCAGAACUUCAACUCCUCAAGCCUUCCUCUUCCCAUCUCCAACGGUCAAUCCCCUCCCUCUCCAACUUCACCUACAUCCUCUUCCUCAACCUCACCCUCUGCUCUCACCUCACUGAGUCUGUCCUCGCUGCCCCUGAAACCCUCAGUCUCCGGAAGCUUGGAGUUUGUCAAGGAGAGGAAUAAGACUAAACCCAAGAUGGUGACUCUGGACAAAAGUGAUUAAGGAGGAUGUUGCUGGAAAUGUAUAUAUAGGAUGCAGACAGCACAGGCAGAUGAACUGAAAUGCUGAAAUGAUGAACUUUUUUUUUUGGAGGCUUAGCUUCUAUAGUGUUUUGUUUCUGAUCCUUUCCCUGGCUAUCCUUACCAAGACACCUUGCAGAGAAUGGUGACGUAGUGCAAGGAGGCUU